AAUCUACUUAUGUACCUAGUAAGACGAUAAUACUCCUCACGAGCGCGCUCUCGACGACCCCCUCCUACGUUGCAAACAUGGCAGAGACAGGCAGCACCACCAGAACGCUGACGGCCAGCUGCCAUUGCCGGGCAGUGCAGUACAGCAUCGAGAUCCCACGGGCCAAGCUUCCCCUGGGCGUCCACAUGUGUCACUGCAGCAUCUGCCGCUACACACACGGGACGAUGUGCAUAUUCCACGCAGAGCUGCCUUCCGGGAUCGUCCCCACAUUCAUCGCGCCCUCUUCAAGAUCGAAUCUGACGGGCUACAAGCACGCGCAUGCCCAAGCCGAGCGCUUCUUCUGCACCACCUGCGGGAGCCACAUUGGAGACGAAGAUAUCGAGGUGGCCGAGGGCGCAACAGAGAAAGAAUGGAGGAUCUCGACGAGCCUCUUCACGGAGCAGGGCGAGGACCUGUUCCAGAUCAGGACGCAUUGCUUCACGGAUGGCUCCACGGGCGGUACGGGGCUCUUCCAAUUCCUGCCCCGGAUGGGCGAUCGUGAGAUGAAGACCUUCAACCCGGGACCAGACAGCGGCUGGUGGUCGGCAGGCAUGGUGGACGAGCUACCGAAGCAGGAGUUUGACGGUGAGGGGAAUGAGGUCCUACGAGCCGGCUGCCACUGCGGCGGGGUGUCCUUCACGAUUCCCAGGCCGACGUUGCCCGCCGUCACCAACGACCCGUUCAUAUCACGCUACAUCUCGCCAGCCGAGAAAGAGAAGUGGAAGGCCUUCCUGGACGUCUGCGACGACUGCCGCCGCAUCGCAGGCGUGCACGUCGUGGGAUGGGUGCCGGUGCCGCGGGCGCUGAUCCAGCCGCCCAUGCCGCCAGGUCUGGCUCCGUACGGCACCAUGAAGACGUAUGCAUCGUCACAAGGAGCAUUGCGGGGCUUCUGUGGCGACUGCGGCGCCACCGUGAUGGCCUCCUGGGACGUCAGGACGCCAACCCCCGAGCAGCAGAUUGUCAGCGUGCCCGUUGGUAUCUUGCGAGCACCUGAGGGAGUCCUCGCCGAGAAAUGGGUGACUUGGAGAGGCUGUCUCGCCAAUUUCAAGAGCGGACAUCGUUUUGACUCUGCUUUUGCGAACAGCCUGCUAGAAGGCCUUGAGAAAUGGUCGAGCCAGCAAUAUGGCAAGGCUCUGAUUUACUCAGUUGAUUGAUGGCUAUCAAAGUUGUCAACUGGUCUAUUUAUGGAUGCAUCUUCUUGACUGCAGUGAGUGGUCUGAUUGGGGGUAUUUUACUAAGGAGCGGGUGGAUAUUCAGUUUGGUCUUUAGAUUUCACUUGGUUAUCUCAAUUUGCCCAAGGGCGUCAAUGUCAAUUUUGUUGUGGCCGUGUAA